GGGACAAAAAUUUGAAAAACACCCUCAUUUGCAUCUAUUUUUAAAAAUAAAUCUCUAAGAUCCAUUCGGAGCAGCUAGUUAACAGUGAAGCUUGAGCAUGAAACCCAAAAUUUGGGAAUAUUUAAGUGAGCCUUUGCUGUUGAAAGAAGCAACAACAUAAGAAUUUGGAGUUGAAGAAAUAGAAAUAGGUAUGGCGGGCUGUUGUCCAUGUCACUUUGAUAUGAGUCGGAGUGUGGCAAUCCAUUGUCAGCUAAGAUAUGCAAAUAUUUCAGGGUUUCGAAUUGGGUUCUCAUAUGGGUCUGUGUUGCGGAGGAAGCUUAAAUGUGUGAAGCUUCUUGUUGCUGCUCAUCUCUCCAAUGCUUUCUCCCUCUUGGAUUCUCAUCACCCAGCAGCAGAUGCUUUUAUGGAAAUCCCUGCCAAAGACCGUUCUCCUUCUAAAGAAGCUGGGACAAGAACUCUUGGAAGAAGUCAAAGAGGUUGCUGUUUUCUUGUAUUACCAAGAAAAAAUGAAUGUUCUUGUUGAACCUGAGGUGCAUGAUAUAUUUGCACGAAUUCCAGGGUUCGGAUUUGUUCAGACCUUUUAUAGUCAAGAUACCAGUGAUCUUCAUGAAAGGGUUGAUUUUGUUGCCUGCCUCGGAGGAGAUGGAGUUAUACUCCAUGCUUCUAAAUUAUUUCGAGGUGCUAUCCCACCUGUUGUGUCAUUUAAUCUAGGAUCCCUUGGAUUUCUCACUUCCCAUACAUUUGAGGAUUAUAAGAAGGAUCUAAGACAUGUCAUUCAUGGGAACAGAACUCUGGAUGGUGUCUAUAUAACUCUGCGAAUGCGUCUUCGAUGUGAAAUAUUCAGAAAUGGGAAGGCAAUGCCUGGAAAGGUGUUCGAUGUCCUAAAUGUGUUCGAUGUCCUAAAUGAAGUUGUAGUUGAUCGUGGUUCUAAUCCUCUCUCCAAAAUUGAGUGUUAUGAACAUGACCGCCUCAUUACAAAGGUGCAAGCUGAUGGGGUUAUAGUAGCCACACCAACUGGAAGUACGGCUUAGUCUACGGCUGCUGGAGGUUCCAUGGUGCACCCAAAUGUUCCUUGCAUGCUCUUCACACCAAUCUGCCCACAUUCACUCUCAUUCAGAUCUGUGAUUCUUCCCGACUCUGCAAGGCUGGAACUAAAGAUUUCAGAGGAUGCACGCAACAAUGCUUGGGUCUCCUUUGAUGGGAAGAGACGACAACAACUGUCUAGAGGAGAUUCUAUUCGAAUAUGUAUGAGCCAGCAUCCACUUCCUACAGUCAAGAAGGCUGACCAAACAGGUGAUUGGUUUGGUAGCUUGAUCCGCUGCCUGAAUUGGAAUGAGAGACUAGACCAGAAAGCACUCUGAAGCUAACUUGAACUAUUCAUCCCCACAUUGAUGUAAAAUUUUGUAGUGUCAUAUAAGAACAACUGAAUUACAUAGAAAAUUCAUUUUCCCCGUACUCCUAUUUAUGGACCUUUUUUGAUUGAACUCUUCUCUUCUGUAUCGAGGAUCAUCGAGAUAAGCAAGAAUGUUAUUUCGACGGAAAAUACCAUUCCGGGGAUUUC